GCGGCGCCGGGCGGUGCAGAGUGCGCUGGCUGCUGGAAAGGAGAGCCGCGUCAUUUGAGCGAGCUGCUGGUCUCUCGCCCGCCUGAGCACCGAGGGGAUGAACCCCGCCGGCCUGAUCUCCGCGCUCCUGUGCUGCUCGGUAGCGACGGUCCUCCUCCUGAAAUGGAGGCGCAGGAGAAGGCUUCUGAGGACGAUCGAGGCGGCGAAGCGGCGGCGGGAGCGUGCGCUCGAGCAGAUGGGCGACCUUGUCGGCAAGUUCAAGGAGCAGAAUCCAGGUCAUCAGCCAUCACCGAUUUUGUCCUUGGCUCUCCCUGAACUCUGUGGGAAACUCAGGGAUGGCUCAUUGUCACCUGAAAGUGUCUUCUACACUUACAUGGACAAGACCCUGAAAGUGACCAGAGAUAUCAACUGUGUGACCGAUUAUUUGGAAGACAGUGAAUCUCAGCUUCGGCAAGUGAAAAAACCUGAGAAAAAGGGUUUGCUCUAUGGGGUUCCAGUAAGCAUAAAGGACUCCAUUAACUACAAGGGCCAUGACUCCACUCUGGGCCUGCUGAAGCGUCUCAACCAGCCAGCCGCAGCAGACGCUGUUGUAGUCCAGGUCCUGAAACACCAAGGAGCAGUUCCAUUUGUAAAAACCAACAUUCCACAGUCUUUGCUGAGCUAUGACUGCAACAAUGUAGUCUUUGGCCAGACAGUGAAUCCUUUGGACCACACCAAAACUCCAGGUGGUUCUUCAGGAGGAGAAGGUGCUCUAAUUAAAAGUGGAGGAUCCAUUCUGGGGAUUGGCACGGAUGUAGGAGGCAGCAUUCGUAUUCCAGCUGCUUUUUGUGGGAUUUGUGGAAUCAAACCCACAGGUGACAGAAUUAGUAAAAAAGGAGUUGUACCAUGCAUCCGUGGGCAGAAAGCAGUUGCUGCAGGCAUAGGACCCAUGGCAAGGGAUGUUGAAAGCCUAGCUCUUUGCCUAAGGGCCCUCUUGUGUGAUGAAAUGUUUCGGCUGGAUCCAACAGUGCCCCCUCUUCCUUUCAAUGAGCAGGUGUACUCUGAUUUCCGUCCACUCCGGAUUGGAUACUAUGAAGCCAGUUCUUACAUUUUAGUAAGCCCUUCCAUGAAAAGAGCUGUAAGGGAAACCAAGCAGCUUCUAGAAAAAGCUGGUCACACACUUGUCCCCUUUGAGCCCAUUAACUUAGAAUAUUUUACUAGUCAUAUUUCUGUGAGUGGGUUUUUUGGUGAUGGAGGUGCCACCUUUUUAGAACUCCUGGAAGGGGAACCUGAAGGUGCCAAUGGAAGGGAUAUUCUGUCCAUUUUAAAAACACCUGUUUUACUACGAAGCCUCAUCGCCUGGACCUUCAGUCUAAUAAGUCCCCGUCUGUCAAAUAUAUUGAGAAGCAUGAAAGAGAAGUCUGUGAAAGAGCUUUGGAAACUUCAUGCAGACAUUACGGAAUAUUUCCAGGAAUUCAUUGAUGAAUGGAGAAGAUUAGACCUAGAUGUAUUACUUUGUCCUGUACUAGGUCCAGCUUUUAAUAUUGGAUAUCCUGAGAAAUAUUCAGUGGGAUCUGCUUACACUCUCUUGUAUAAUUACUUGGAUUGCCCUGCGGGAGUGGUACCCGUCACCACUGUGACAAGGGAGGAUGAGGAGGAGCUGAAGAGUCUCAGAGGGCACUACAAUGACAUGUGGGACAAAGUCUUUGAGAAGGUGGUAAAAGAGGCCGUGGGACUCCCUGUCGCUGUCCAGUGUGUGGCUUUGCCAUGGCAGGAUGAGCUGUGCCUCCGCUUCAUGAAGGAAGUGGAGAAGCUGACCAUGCAGAAAACAAGCCUACCCUGAAUAUGACCCUGAAGAAGCAGGAUGAUGGGAGAAAGCUGCCUCCGCAUGUCCGGGUCAUAAUCAUCACUGACCCCUGCUCUGACUAAGUAAAGAAAGUGCUUUUGUGUCUGCUCGUGGCUUGUCUUUGUUGCAUUUCUUAGCCACCUUUCAAGCAUGCAGGCUUCCUAAGGUGGCUUACAAUGCAAAACAUGCAGUUCAAUGUCAGUCCAUGAAGGCCAUAAAUCCAUAAACAAGUAUAAGUGAACCAGUUAGAACAAGCUACAUCCAAAACUCAAACGUGGCAUAUAUAAUUAAAAAGUUCAAUUGAAAUGUAAAGAAAAGCAUCUUUUUAAGCCCGCUUGAAAACAGCAGAUGCAGUUGUAUAUCUCUUGAAAGGGAAUUACAGAGGGCUGGAGCCACCACUAAGAAAGUUCUGUCUGCAUCUAUCACUGGGAUGGCCUUAUUUCUACCACCCAACCUUACAGGUCUGAAUGGUAGGGCAGCUGGUAGGGUAGGAAUUAAUGACCUUCACAUAUCAGCAGGGUCACAAAGGUGUAUGUCAUUCUCCUUCUAACAUGAACCCAAAGCAUGUGAGGCCUUAAAAAGGAAAAAAAUAGCACUUUGAAUUGAGCCUUAUCAAGGUUUUAUAACUUGUGUUGACCAUCAUGGUGACCUAGAUUAUUUCAGCCCUGAAUCUGUACUGGAAAAGAUCCAUAUAAAGGUUGUAUAAUACAAUAAACCUUGGUGAGUGCUUUCAUCUGA